CAACGGUCACACUUUGCGAAAUCAUGGCGUGCGCCAAGCCGCAUAUUUUGAUUAUCGAGCCGUUCUACGGAGGCAGCCACAAACAGCUGAUUAACACAUUGAUCGAGGGUCUUAGCACGGCAGAUUAUGAGCUAUUCAGCCUUCCCGCCAAGAAAUGGCACUGGCGAGCACGCACCUCCGCACUGUAUUUUUCGCAGCUGAUACCCAUCGAUCACGAGUACAGGGUGCUGUUUACCAGCUCCGUUUUGAGCCUGGCCGAGCUGAUUGGCAUCCGACCUGAUCUCGGCCAGUGUCGGAAGAUCAUCUACUUUCACGAAAACCAGCUGGUCUAUCCGGUGCAAGAGGUGAAGAAGCGCGACUGUCAAUACGGACUAAACGAGAUCCUUUCCUGUCUCGCCGCGGAUAUUGUGCUCUUCAAUUCCCAAUUCAAUCGCACAUCGUUUCUGGAUAACGUGCAACCCUUUCUCAAUAUUCAGCCUGACUUCAAAGUGAGGCAGAUUCGCGAGAAAAUUGAAAAGAAAUGCCAAGUGCUGUACUUUCCCAUUAACUUUAACAGCAUGCCGAAGAGGAGGAUAACCGGAAAUGGGGAUCAAGAUCUGGAUCUGGGUCUAGGUCUGAAUCUGGAUCAGGAUCAGGAGUGCCUGCACCUAAUAUGGCCACAUCGAUGGGAGCACGAUAAAAAUCCAAUGCUCUUGGUCGAAGUGCUUUGCGAACUCAAUAGGAGUGAUGUGAACUUCAAGGUGACCAUUUGUGGCGAGAGCUACCAUGAGGUGCCACAGGCAUUUGAGAAUAUAAGAGAAACGCUCGCCACCAAGCUCGUACACUUUGGCCAUCUGGAGCGGGAGGAAUAUGUAAGGACACUGCUCGCCAGUGACAUAGUCAUCUCCACUGCCGAUCACGAGUUUUUUGGCGUGGCCAUGCUGGAGGCUACUUUCUGCGGCUGUUAUCCCAUUGUCCCCAAUAAACUGGUGUACCCCGAAAUCUAUCCAAAGGAAAACAUGUACGGCACGUCCAACUCGCUGGUCAAGAAGCUUCGAAAUUGGUGCAGAAAUCCGAGAGCCUUUCGCCGGCACCGCAGUCAGUUUUUCGAGACUUUUAAUUUUGAUCCUUACUCGGCUGAUCAACUUGUGCCAAAAUAUCUAAGCUUAUUAAACAGAGAUAUUAAUUAAACAAUA